GAGGUUCCCGGAAAAAUUGCUAACCGGAAGGGAAGGCCAGAGCCCAAGAAGAAGAAGAGGAGGAGGGAGAACAGUAAGAAGAAGAAGAAAAAGAACACGAAAUAGAGAACGAGAAAGAGAAGGACAGUCGCCGCCGCCGCCGAUGAGACCAGCCACAGAAGAGAAAGUAUUGUAACUGCCACUGGUGAGGUGUCUUCUUCCUCUGGCUCGUCUACCUGCCUAACCUGAACUCACCCCACCCUCCGUCGAGCUCGGCCUCACCCAGCCCCUGCACCGAGCCCAAGCCUCAAGUCAGCCACACUCCCUCCCUCUCCUCCCGGCUUCCUCUACUUCUUUCUCCUAAAGUUUUUUUAACGCUGCACUAUGGGAGGGAGAGGCGGACCAGCACGGACCAACGGUACCGCGGCAAGCAACAAGAUCUGCCAGUUUAAGCUCGUGCUUUUGGGGGAGUCUGCGGUGGGAAAGUCCAGCUUGGUGCUUCGCUUCGUCAAAGGCCAGUUCCACGAGUACCAGGAGAGCACCAUCGGAGCUGCCUUCCUCACACAGACGGUAUGUUUGGAUGACACAACAGUCAAGUUUGAGAUCUGGGACACUGCAGGACAGGAACGAUAUCACAGCUUGGCACCUAUGUACUACAGGGGAGCCCAGGCCGCCAUCGUGGUCUACGACAUCACCAACACAGAUACAUUCACACGUGCAAAGAACUGGGUGAAGGAGCUCCAGCGACAAGCCAGCCCGAAUAUUGUUAUUGCACUGGCAGGGAACAAAGCAGACCUGUCCAACAAGAGGGCUGUCGAUUUCCAGGAAGCACAAUCAUAUGCAGAUGACAACAGUUUGCUCUUCAUGGAGACGUCAGCCAAGACUGCUAUGAAUGUCAAUGAGAUUUUUAUGGCUAUAGCCAAGAAGCUUCCUAAGAACGAGCCUCAGGGCGGAGCGGGCGCCGCUGGACGAACCAGAGGCGGUGUGGACUUGCAGGAAGCUGCACCACAGGGCAGAAGUGGCCAGUGCUGUGGCGGCGGGAACUAAACAACACCACCUAUCAGCUGAUCCAACCAAUCUAACAGCUCCGAUCAACCAGACCAGAUAUUAGCCAGCUGUCAAACAAUGUCCCAAAACCACAACCGACCAAAAUCACAACUGUGUAUUGAAAACAUAUUGCUGUAUUUGUAUCAGACUUUUCAAGUUUAUAAUCAAUCUGUAGUUAUUGUCAAAACAAUAUCUUCCCAAUCUCUACAUGAUGUUUUGUCAACCUUAAUUAUUUUGUGUUUUUUUUUUUUUAAUUGUCUUAAUUUUUUUUUCUGAAGAUCUAUGGUAUUAAAUGCACUGGUUCUGUCUCAUCAUCUUUUCCUGAAUUGAGAUCUUGUCCCCAUCCUUUGCUUUCUUUUUGUCUAUUCUUUCAUUAUUGGAACUCUUCAUAUCAGGGAGGGAUUCCUUUCAACAGUGUCGUCAUCUUAUGAUGACAUCAACAACUACCACAACGAUACCUGCACAGCAACCACCGUUGUUAGCAGGUGGGGGAUAAUGGGGAGGCUGGAAGCUCGGGCAAGGGGUCGAGAAGGAAGUGGGGGCAAAAAGGAUAAUUUUAUGAAUAAACAAAGGGAAGAUAUCUUUUUUGUAUUCCUGUUUUAAUUAAACAUUUAAUUUUCCAUUUAAAAGUUUAUAAUCAGCAGUGACUGGCACGCAAAAUAUAAUAUUGCAGCCAGCCACACUUUGGCCAUUGUUGAGUUCCAACAUCCCUCUUAGUAUUGCUAAUCGAUCAGAGGUUCAUGUUCGGUAGGAGUCCUUUUAAAAAUAUGCCUUUAAAGCAAACUGGUUUCAUUUUCUUGGCAAAGAUUAACAACACCAGCCACAUAUAGUUUCCUGGGAGAUUUAGUGGUAAUUUCUCAAAUAUUUUAAAUGUAUUUAUUACCAACUUGUCCAUUAAAAUCGGUUGCACGUUUCGUUUGUACCGUAAAACAUC